GAGGUGGACAGAUCGUUGCGCAAGGAGGUCCCGGCGGCGUGAAGUAUCUGUGCAAGACCUGUGACAUGGCAGAACCGUUGCUGUUUACAAAUGAGGAGGAGUCUGUGAGAAACGUCUCCGUGAUUCCGCUUCCCGCAGCUGAUAAUGGGUGUUGCCUCCUGAACUUCACUGGAAGGUGUGGCGAUUUUUGGCUUUGAAACUUUGACAAUCCCUCCUCGGACAUCAAUCCUACCCUCUCACUUAGUUUAAGACCUCUCUCUACAAACACAACAAUGUCCGCUUGGGAUGACUUGGAGCUGCUCUUUGACUCCCCCUCCUCAUUGACUGUGACAUCCAGUGCAAGAGGAACUGUAAAGGACAAGGCAAACUUUAAAGUGGAAGAAGAUGUGGCUGCGCUCAGGAAGGCCAUAGAGGGCCUUGGUACAACGGAAAAAACACUGAUUGAGGUGUUGACCCAAAGAAGUAAUGCUCAGCGUCAGCUUAUCGCUAGGGCCUAUGAGAAGGCCACGGGAAGGAAAUUAGUAGCUGACCUGGAGGGCGACACCCACGGGGACUUUGAGGACUUGUUAGUAGCCUUGGUCACACCUCCUGCUGUCUAUGACUGUCAUGAAGUCAUGAAAGCCAUCAAGGGUGCAGGGACCACAGAGAGUACGCUGACAGAAAUCUUUGCUUCGAGAUCCAACAAACAGAUCCGCGCCAUGGCUGAAGCAUACAUGGCAGAAACAGGAAGAACGAUGAUUCAUGAUCUGCAGGAGGAGGUAUCUGGAGAUUAUGGGAAAGCACUGCUCAUCUUAGCCGAGGGGAAGAGAGACGAGAGCACCAAUGUGGAUGCUGCCAAAGCUAAAGCAGAUGCUAAGGUGCUGUAUGAAGCAGGGGAGAAGAAGUGGGGUACUGAUGAGGACAAGUUUAUUGACAUCCUCUGUCACAGGAGUAUUCCCCAGCUUCGACAGACUCUGGUAGAGUACAAGAAUAUGAGCAAGAAGACUCUGCAGGAAAGCAUUGAGAGUGAGAUGUCUGGAAACCUGGAGGAGCUGCUAGUGGCUGUCGUUAAAUGUGUGAAGAACGUUCCGGCAUACCUCGCCGAGAGGCUUUUCAAGAGCAUGACGGGUUUGGGGACCACAGAGUCUGUUCUGACCAGGAUACUCGUCAGCCGCUCCGAGAUCGAUUUGUUGGACAUCAGAGCAGAGUACAAGAAACUGUUUGGAUGUUCCCUCUAUUCCCAGUUAGAGUCUGAAGUUUCAGGCAGUUAUGGUAACGCCCUCAAGGAUAUCUGUGGCCAAGAUGACUAACUCCUCCCAACUCCUGUGAUGAGAAACAUAUGUUGUGAAGUGCAGCUUUACCCCAUAGUAGAUGAGAUGAACUGCAUCUAAUGAUGUACAGUCGCUGACCUUUUUCAUUAGAUUCAUACUGAUACACUGGCCUGAACUUAGCCCCGACGAUGACUGGAACUAACCAUCGAGAAAUGUUUUUUAAUGUGGAAUUCCAGUACUAUGCGACCUGACAUUGAUGUUUUAGCUACGGUGCAAUGCAGACUGGUUGAUAAAACAACAAGACUAAAGUAGAAGCUGAUAUUCAUGGAAAUGAAGAUGCAGUUGAAUGUCUUUUUUUUAAUACAUAAAGUUGUCUCUAUUCCAUGUAACUGAUAACUGUAGAUUUCUUAAUCAAGUAUUUUAUCUUCUGGUAUAUUGUAACACAAAUAGCCUAGAAGUUGGCAACAUGCACACAAAUAGCCAGUGUCAUAACUUUCAUGUUUCAACAAAAUAAAAAUACUAUAUUCUACUA